AUGGCAGCUUUGCACAUCAAUGCAGCCACUUUAAUCACCAUAUGCAUCUUCAUUAUAUCCCCUGUUCUAAUCCUCUUUAUAGCCGCGACCCGUCUGUCGAAAACCAAAACCAAAUCCAAAAACGGGUCGGUGCUAAACCUUCCUCCCGGGAGCCUCGGAUGGCCGGUUCUCGGCGAGACGUUGGAGUUCCUUGGCGCGAAUUACAAAGGAUUUCCCGGGAAGUUCAUCACCGACAGGAUUCGAAACUACAAGAGUCGGGUUUUCAAGACUUCGUUGUUGGGGGAACGAAUGGUCGUGCUGUGGGGCCCGGCCGGGAACAAGUUUUUGUUCGGCAACGAGAAUAAGAAGGUGGCCGUGUGGUGGCCGGCUUCCGUUAGGGACUUGAUCGGGACGUGCUUGGCGACGACCGGAGGUGCGGAAGGCCUGCGCAUGAGGCGGCGGCUCGCGCACUUUUUAAGUCCCGAUGCGUUCUCGAAACUUUAUCUCCGGACCGUCGAUCUCGCGUCUAGACAGCACUUGGACUUCCAUUGGCAAGGCAAAGAUGAGCUAAAGGUGUUCCCAACAAUCAAACUGUACGCAUUCGAGGUGGCGUGUCGAUUGUUCAUGAGCGUAGAAGAUUCAUCACUCACAAAGAAGCUCUUCUCCCACUUCAACGUUUUCCUCUCCGGAAUUCUGUCGAUCCCUCUCGAUUUCCCGGGAACAAAAUACUACCGCGGAAAGAGAGCUGCCGAUGCAAUUCGAAAGGAACUCCGAAUAAUACUCGAGCAGAGGAAAAAGGACUUGGAACGACAAACGGCUUCGCCUCCACAGGACCUUUUGUCUCAUUUGCUCCAAACGCCCGAUGACAAUGGGGAGUUUAUGUCCGAAAAAGUUAUAGUAAACAAUGUCCUACUUUUAUUAUGGGCCGGGCACGACACCUCGGCUUGCACGAUAACUUUGCUAAUGAAGGCUCUAGCCGAACAUCCAGAGGUUUAUGAGAUGGUAUUGAGAGAGCAAAAUGAAAUAGCAUCGUCAAAGAAGCCGGGAGAAUGUUUGCAGUGGGAGGAUAUACAGAGGAUGAGAUAUUCGUGGAAUGUCGUGUGCGAAACUCUGAGGAUGUGGCCGCCGGUGAUUGGUGCCUAUAGAGAGGCUUUGGAGAACAUAACCUAUGAAGGUUAUGACAUACCCAAGGGAUGGAAGUUCUACUGGAAUAUGCAAUCGGUCCAUAAUGACCCUAGCUUAUUUCCGGACGAGACAAAAUUUGAUCCAUCAAGAUUCGAUGGUUCGGGUCCUGUACCAUAUUCUUUUGUUGCGUUCGGAGGAGGACCUCGAAUGUGCGUGGGGAAAGAGUUUGCUCGGCUGGAGAUCCUCAUCUUUCUGCACAAUCUCGUCCGAAGGUUCAAAUGGGAAUUAGUACUUCCGGAAGAGAAAAUAUGUGCUGACCCCUUCAUGACGCCUGAGAAAGGACUUCCGAUUCGUCUCCACCCGCAUGCGUAA